AUAAAAAAGGCAUUUGGAGUGGGGAUGUAUCUAAAGUCUUGAUAUAAAUGCAAGGAAGAUGAAGUGAGAGUUAAAGAAAAAAGAUAUUAUUAAAAAAAAAACAGAGAAUCAUGGUGAUAAAAAGGAUAGAGCUGUGUAUAGAGCUAAUGAAGAUAGGUAUGGAGUUCGUCGUAGUGGUGGCUGAAACCGUCCAGAUUGCAUGGCGGCAACACCUCAACCACCGUACUCCUCUGCCUCCCCCGUCGCUCCUCCGCCAUGGCAUCUCCCCUUCUUACCCUUCUCCAUUCCUCUUUGGUUUUCUCCCUUGAAAAUUUAAUCUUCUUUUUAUUACAUUAUAUAUCUUGCUUCUUUUUCUUUUUUUUUUGGUUGACUUUUAGAUGUAAAUUUCGUUGGUUCUUGUAAAUUAGUUUACUUUUUCAAUCAGAUUUGCAGUGUUAUUUCUUCAGAUUAUCUCUAGCAAACUAUUUGCAGAACAUUUUUAAUA